AUGACCAAGAAUCUCGUUGAAAAGGGGCCCCUGGACUCACCACUGAUGCUGUACAACCGUUCCACCCAGAGAGCAACUGACCUCAGCAAGAAGCUGCCAGCAGGCAAGACUGAAGUCAUCGAAUCGCUCGAAGAUGGCGUUACUAAAGCUGACAUCAUCUUCAUUUGUCUGUCCAAUGACAAGGCUGUUCAAGACACCAUAGCCAUCAUUGUCAAGGGCGAUGUCAAGGGCAAGCUCAUCGUGGAUUGUUCGACCAUCCAUCCUGACACCACCGAAUUGGUGGCCAAGGCGGUCCUUGCUCGGGGCGCGGAGUUCGUUGCAUCGCCCGUCUUCGGCGCACCCCCAGCGGCUGACGCUGGUCAGCUCAUUCCAGUCCUCGCCGGACCCAAGGCUGCUGUUGACAGGGCCAAGCCUUAUUUCAAGGGGGUGAUGGCGCGUGCCGAGAUCGAUAUGAGCGAUGAGCCGUACCGGAAGUCAUCAAUGCUCAAAAUUUUAGGCAACUCGUUUAUUCUGAAUAUGGUCGAGCAGAUCGCUGAGGGUCAUGUUCUCGCCGAGAAGAGCGGGCUUGGUACCGAGUACCUGCAUAGCUUCCUCGAGCAGCUCUUCCCGGGCGUGUAUGCCGGCUACUCAGGUAGGAUGCUGGGUGGAGACUAUUGGAAGAGGGAGGAGCCCCUUUUUGGGGUUGACCUGGCGAGAAAGGAUGCCGCUCAUGCCAAGGAUAUGGCGAAGACAGCAGGGACGAAGAUGUUAAACGUAGAGACGGCCGAUGCCCAUCUGUCACAGGUGCAGAAACAUGCCGGAUCAAAGGGUGACAUCGCCGGCAUCUAUGGAGCCGUGCGACAAGAUGCUGGGCUAAAGUUUGAGAAUGACGCUUAA